AUGAGAGUCUCAACUCUGGGGGCUGCCGCCCUGGCAUUCGCCGUGGCGAACGCCAAGACCUAUCCUUACUGUGAGGAGGAUAACUGUUACCGCAACCUGAUUGAUGAGCGGUUCGCCGAGGGAGCUCCGGACGCCUGUAACGAGUGGCUUGCCGGUACCACCACCGCCGCGUCCGCCAUCCCUACCGACUUUGCCAACUGUCUCGACGUGGAGGCCUUUAGCUCCGCCUGUUCUUGCGUUACUUAUGCCGCUACCGCGACGGACUAUUCUUCCGCCAGCGCCACCAGCACAACCACUCCUUCGACCGGUCGGCCCAUGACUAGGACCCGUCGUCCACCCUUUACUCGAAGGCCUACUCGACGGCCUACUCGCCGCCCCACUCCCACAGGGAGUGAAGAGCCCACGGAAACUGAGAAGCCUACUGAGACCGAGGCUUUCGAGACGGAGGAGCCCACAGAAACGGAAGAGCCUACUGAGACGGAGGAGCCCACUGAGACUGAAGAGCCUACCGAGACGGAGGAGCCCACAGAGACAGCAGAGCCUGCUGAAACCGAGGAGCCCACCGAGACUGAAGAGCCCACCGAGACUGAACCUGUUGAAACUGAGCCCGUCGAAACGGAAGAGUCUACUGAGACGGAGGAGCCUACUGAGACUGAGCCUGUCGAAACUGAAGAGCCUACGGAGACAGAAGAGCCCACCGAGACUGAACCUGUUGAAACUGAGCCCGUCGAAACGGAAGAGCCCACAGAGACAGCAGAGCCUACUGAAACCGAGGAGCCUACCGAGACUGAAGAGCCCACUGAGACUGAGCCCGUCGAGACGGAGGAGCCCACUGAAACUGAAGAGCCUACGGAGACUGAACCCGUGGAAACCGAGGAGCCUACUGAAACUGAAGAGCCCACCGAGACGGAGGAACCCAUUGAGACGGAGGAGCCUACCGAAACCGAGCCCGUCGAGACUGAGGAGCCUACUGAGACGGAGGAGCCUACCGAGACUGAGCCUCUCGAGACUGAGGAGCCCACUGAGACUGAGCCUGUCGAAACUGAGGAGCCUACUGAGACGGAGGAGCCUACCGAAACCGAGCCCGUCGAGACUGAGGAGCCCACCGAGACGGAGGAGCCCACUGAGACUGAGCCUGUCGAAACUGAGGAGCCUACCGAGACGGAGGAACCCACCGAGACGGAGGAGCCCACCGAAACUGAGCCCGUCGAGACUGAGGAGCCUACUGAGACGGAAGAGCCUACUGAGACUGAACCUGUCGAAACUGAGGAGCCCACCGAGACUGAGCCUGUCGAGACUGAGGAACCCACUGAGACGGAGGAACCUACCGAGACGGAGGAGCCCACCGAGACUGAGCCUGUUGAGACGGAGGAGCCCACUGAAACAGACGAGCCUACCUCCACUGACGAAGUGACCGCCGCGACUGACUCCCCCACGGGCUGGUACAACAACUCGACCCGCACCCGUACCCGCACCCGCCGCCCCCUGUGGACCACUUCGACCGCUUACUCCACGACGGUGCGCACAAUCUACGCUUGCCCGACCGAGAAGCCUCACUGCCCCGUCCGAAACCCCGUCCUCGUCACCGAGGUUGUGCCGGUCCACACCGCCGUCGUCCCCGUUAUUCCCGGGGUUCCCAACGAUGCCGAGUACCCCGAGGCGACCCAGCCUGCCGGCAACGGCGGCCACGGCAGCCACGGCCAUGGAAAUGGCGGCGACGACGAUGUCUACGGCGUUGAAUUCGAGUUCCCCGGCGACUCCUCCAACGGUGGCGACGUAGAUGUCCCUGCUUCUCCCAAUGCCGGCUACGAGGGUGAUGCUGCCGCUCCUGGCUCCCCAGGUGUCGUCAAUCUCGGCGAAGAUGGCGGCAACGGUGGCUCUGGCGUGUCGGGUGGUCCUGCUGGAACAGGCCACGUCGAGAGCAGCCCGGCUCAGCCUACGGGUGGUUUCCCGGUGACCGCGGGCGCUGGACGCGCCUCGACCUGCAUCCUGGGCGCCAUCCUCGGCGCCGCCCUCAUCCUUUUGUAA